AUGCAAGCAGACACCUUCAAUACUCUCUCAAACAUCCGACGUCAAACCGACUCAUCUAUUGUAUCCACAUUGCUUGACCUUCAAGAGGACGCCCGAUUCGAUAACCGGACUUAUGAAUGGAUCAGAAAGUUGGAGGUCAUUUACCUCAAGGCUUCUACUGGAGGCUCUAAGAGGCGCUGGGAUAAUGAAAUAAUAACUGGCCAGGAUGCAAAGAAAUUGCUCUGCAGAAGGCGUAUCAAUGCAUACGAUCCAAACAAGAAAUAUAUCGCUGUAUCUUAUACCUGGGAAUCUCCUUUGAACCAGGAUAGCUCUCAGGAAGCGUAUAUAGUACAAUCCAGGGACCGAGCUAAUGCGCAUUCAAGCAAAGUAAGAGAUCAGGUGCUUGAUAGGGUCAUCGCAUAUGCAAAGUACUGCGAAAGCAGGGAGGGCCCUGUCCAGGGUUUCUGGCUUGAUCAGGAAUGCAUUGACCAAGAGAACGAAGCCGAAAAGCAGCGUGCUAUACAAUCCAUUGAACAUGUGUAUAGUCAUAGUGCCUUCCCAGUGGCAUUGCUUUCGGUCCAGAUCAAAUCACAGGAUCAAUUGAAAAGAUUGAUAUCCGUCCUUAAGACGGAGAAUCCACCAGGAAAUCAUGAAAGGGGCUGGGUCCGCGGCAUUCUCAAGCUUCUCCAUGAUAUCACAUCUGAUCUCUGGUGGAGAAGGGGUUGGACAUUUCAGGAAGACUAUUGCGCGUCAACAAAAAUGUGCCUUUUGAUCCCUCACUCUUCAUCUUUAAAGGAGCUCAAAGAGAAGAACCACCGCAUCCUUGGCAAGCUGGAGGGCGAACUUUGCAUCAAAUCCACGGACUUUCGCUCUCGGGUUACUAAAUUCUGCAUGUAUUAUCGAAGGGAACCAGAAUUCGAGGCCAUGUGUGUGGAUAUUCUAGACCGAGCUUCAAAAUACGAUGUUCAGCUAUUAGAGUUCGAUCUCGAGGGAAUGCCAACGAUAAGGCAGUCCAUGUCUCCAAUAAUAUUCUCUAAUGUUGGGAAGCGAGGGAUCACAGUGGAGUCGGAUCGUCUGGCAGUGAUUGCCAACUGCUUAGACUACAGUUUCCGACUCGAUACCCGACGAAUCGAGCGAAAAAGAUGCAGUUUGAGCAUUGCCAUGCUGGCUUUGUUCUUACUAAAUGGAGAAAUUCUUGUGAACGGCCCGAGCUAUUCUGAAACCGCUCUUGGAAGCAACAUAUUCGAGUAUCUGGAGAAACAGUCACUUCGCACAUUUCAGACACCUGAUAUUGAUCAAAAACUUAGAUUCAUCAAACGUUGUCGUUUCGCGAAGGUGAAGUUGUCGGAAGAAGGAAUUCUAACGUCGGGUCACCUCUGGCGGUUGGGUAAAAUCGUGGAGGAUGCCAGAGGAACGGAACCACCAGUCCAAGGACGCAAUUACAAAUUGAACAGCUACCAAAGAAAGCGUUUGGGCCAGCUCGCUAGUCAUUUGGGCUCAGGGGGGUGUGGAAGUCGGUAUGAAUGUAUUGCACAGGCUAUCGAUACAUAUCUGGACGAAGACAAAAGGUGGGAGGGUGAGGGCAUCACAUUUUCCAAAUUCUACAAGGAUCUCAUGGCCGAAGAGAUUGUCAAGGCAAUGGAUGAUCGAUAUUCUUGUCGGCUUCGGCUUGGCUCAUUAAUUCCUCGGGAUGAGUGCAGAGGUAAUAAUCCGUACAGCGGAGUUUUUAUCAGAGAGGCAGGCCAUCGGUGGACAGAAAAAGAAACGUAUGUUUUUACCGCAGUUUGGUCGGAUGACAAGACUAUAGACGAUAUCGAGAAGCAUCUCUCUUUAGAGGUUGAGUUACUUGGCUCAUCCAACAGAUCGGACCCCAAACGGUUAGUUAUCAAACGGUGGAUUAAUGGGUUGUUCUUUUUUGAUAGCUCCAGUCCGGUUACCGACGUGGUGUUUCCUUGGCCAAAUUCUUUCCUGGUUUAAAAAUGGAAAGUCGUUUCGUUGGUAUUUGUGCCUUUAUAUCUGAGUCGGAAAAGAUUCGUAUACACAUCAAUAGCAACGAUUAAAGAGUCACACCAAUAAACUCCCCCAGCUUCUUCUUAUCCAGAAUCUCUCCUUCGACCAGCUUCCCUG